CUUCACGCUGAUUGGUCAACAGGAAAAGAAGAUGGCGCCACCCGCGAAGUAGCAAAAAAUAUCACAAUUUUUUGCUGCUUUUAUCAUUCUAUAACUCACGUAAAGACAGAAAAACAAAAACGACUGUCCUUCUCAUGACUACGUUCGCUAAAUAAAACUGCCUUUGGACGUAACGUUGGAGGGGAAGAAAGCAGAAACGAUGCCUGCCUUCCGGCAAGCCGGGGAGCGGCAGCUUCCUAACCCCAUCUUGUUUAUGGCAUGGUCACCCAAAAGAGAUCUCAUCGCUCUGGCCAGCACAACUGGAGAGUUGCUGCUCCACCGCUUGUCCAGUUUCCACCGGGUUUGGAGCUUACCACCCAGCGAGCACAUCGGGAAGGAAAUCACCGCUCUCGCCUGGAGACCGGAUGGGAAAAUUCUGGCCUUCAGCCUCGGUGACACCAAACAAGUGGUGUUGUGCGGUGUGGAGAAAGCGGAAAUCUUGCACGUCUUCCAAAUGCAGAACCGCAUCAGCUGCAUGCAUUGGAUGGAGGUGACAGAAGAAAGCAGUGCCCUCAGAUCCUUUUCUCAAUCAGAAGAUGAAUCCAAACUGUUUCUACCCAAAUUAGCUUCACUUCCCAAAAGCUACAGCACAACAUCCAAGCUCUUCAGUGAGGAGAAGUCCGACGAAAUCAUGAAUCUCCUCGGAGAAGUCAGGUUGAACAUCCUCGUCCUGGGAGGAGACGACGGAAACGUGGAACUUUACGCUUACGGGAUGUACAAGAUCGCCACGUUAGCUGGAGUUUCCGGAAGCUGUCGCAACCUCAGCCUAGCUAGUGACCUCAAGUCUUUGGUGGUCAUCACUGAGGCAACCUGCGAUAAGGACUGCGCAGAGAUUUGCUUUGUUCAGCUGGACACCAGUCUGCUGUCCGACUGCUUGCCCGAGCUAACCCGGAUGGCGUGCAAGUUCACGCACAUCUCCACGCUGCUGCAGUACUUGAACCUGUCGCUCACCUGCAUGUGCGAGGCCUGGGAGGAAAUCUUCAUGCAGAUGGACCUGCGCCUCACCAAGUUUGUGCAGGAAAAGAACACUAACACACAAGUGCAGGACGAGUUCUUGGAACUGCUGCUGUGGGGACAGUCCAGUCCUGAACUGCAAGCUCUUUUAAUGAACCAGCUGACUGUCAAGGGCCUGAAGAAGCUCGGCCAGACCGUUGAAUCGUCUUACUCCAGCAUCCAGAAACUGGUGAUCAGCCACCUCCAGAGCGGCUCUGAGGCACUGCUCUACCACCUGAGCGAGGUGAAGGGCAUGUCCCUGUGGAAAAAGAAGUUUGAGCCUCUCGGCCUGGAUUCGGCCGCCAUCGAAGCUGCCAUUACCACUGUGGGUUCCUUUUCCCUAAAGACCAGCGAACUUCUGCAAGUGAUCGACAAAAGCAUGAAGAACUUUAAAGCCUUUUUUCGCUGGCUUUACGUGGCGAUGCUAAGAAUGUGUGAUGAGCACGUUCCUCCAGAACUUAACAAGAUGACGCAGAAGGACAUCGCCUUUGUCGCCGAUUUCCUCUCGGAGCAUUUCAGCGAGAACGAACAGCUGUUUGAUCGAAAAGGGAAAUAUUUCAACGUGGAGCGUGUCGGCCAGUACCUAAAGGAUGAAGACGAGGAUCUCGUAUCGCCACCGAGCACCAAAGGGAACCAGUGGCUCAAGUUUUUAGAGGAGAGCACGGACUUAAAGGAGAGCCCUCUGCUGUUUCCUUCCUUUCCCCAAAAAUCUUUGCACUUUGUCAAGAGGAUGAUGGAGAAUGCAAUCGAGCUUUGUCUACAGAAACCUGCGGAAGUUAUUGGAAAAUCUGUAAAGCAGGCUGUGUUUCUCCCCUUGUACUUGGCACCUCAGCGUGCUGAAAACUCACCACGACUCUUUGAGCUUCCAGCCUUGUGGAACAACAAGAAGACCAAAAUGCACUAUGUGGUGUUCUGCAUGCCGCACGUCUCCCCGCACAAACUUUACUUGUUACGCAAAGAAAGCAACACAAACAGACAUGUCUCCAACUGCGUCACAUCCCUCGACCUGUGCCACCAUCUCAAAGUUUCAGACGGAGAAAGCGCAGAGUCCAGACCAAACUGCGCUUACGCCUGCAUGGACGCUCGUUUUUACAACGACGAGAUGCUAACUGUAGUCCUCAAGGGAGUGGAAGAAGAUAGCGGUCGCAGUGUCCUGGGACAAAUCCCUCUUCAUUCUGCCUUUAACGCAGAGAAUGAAUUCAGCUGGACGCCCAAUAUUAGGUUGGAGGAGCAAAAUGCCAGCAUACCGUGUCAAACCCUGGUGUUGGAAAAUCAGUGGCGGGACUUAGAAGGCAUGAAGGCCCAGUACGUAGCAGUCAACGGGAUUCGAGAAGUAGCUUGCGUGCUAAGCGAAAAUCUGAGACAUCUCCGCGUCUUCGAAAUGGACGUAGAAGACGAGGACGACGACGGCGCCGAGGCACAGAACGACACCGCCGAGCAGGACAUGCUGGACGCCACCGCGACUUCUCAGGGAGACGAAAAUGUCGAGGCCGGAAAUGACCAACAGCGCAAAACUGAAGAGAACCUUGAGUCUGAGGAAUCGUCUGAAUUGUAGAUGAACUUGGGCAGGAAUGACUUGUUUACUUUUUUUUUUUAAACUUUUUUUUCCUCGAUGGAAAAUGGUUAAAUGCAUCAGUUAUUGUCUUAAAAUAAAGUUUUAAGUUUGUUAUGUUAUAGUGUGUUUAUGGUUGUGUUCAGGGCUGCAGCUAUUGAUUAUUUAAGUAGUCGAUUAAUCUACAAACAAGUUCAAAUAAUUGAGUAAUGCGAUUAGGAACAUUUAAUGUGUUGCAGAAUCAAUUUCAGGAGAUGUAAAACAAAUGCUUCCUAAGACUGCACUUUCAAAAUAGCAUUUCAAAAUGCAAAUACAAAAUAAAAUACCUGAGCAUAGCCUCAAACGAUAUAAAAAUUAAUAAGUGAGUUUCUUAGUACAACAAAAAAUAAUUGGCUAACUUGCAUUGCAAAAUUCAGCUAGUUUAACUGCUAUUAAAUGCUAAGAUUUUCUUUGUUUUUUAAAUCAUUCAAACACAUACCCCCCCCAAAAAAAACAGCUAAAUAUACCUGUAAACUAAAUUACGAAUGCAUGAAAAAAAUAUUAGCUCAAACAAAAACCUACCUUAUGUUGGUCUUAACAUGGAGCAGCUGGGUUCAGCCAUGUUCAAUGAUUGUCAUAUUCACUGUUGCCACUAGAGGGCUCUGUAUCCACCCGAACCAAUAAAACUAAAUGCAAACAAUUUCAAAAC